AGGACAAUGCGUUUGUAGCCCAUUUCGUAAGAACCCAAAACAAGUUUGAAUUCACGUUCUUCCCUCUCAAAAACAACAAGCUAUUUUCUCCGCUUCCGUAUUGUCCACAUCAAGUGUUUGCGAAAAUGCCAAACAGAGACUCCACCGUCGUGAACCCACCAACCACGCCACGAAGAUCACCGAGGCUCCUUCUCCUUCAACACAACAACAACAACCCCAUCACCCCAAAACCUAAAUCUACAAACAAAUCUUCAAUUCAAUCAAGAACCCCCACAGUUGGUGUAAGGAAAUCACCAAGGUUAAACGAUACGGUUCCCUCCCUGAGAAGAUCUUCUAGAUUCUCAAAUCAAAAAGCUCCUCCUAAUAAUGAGAAGAAAAUCGAUGUUAAAAGGAGCGAAUUUUGUUCCCGUGAUUUGGUGAGAGUCAAGAGUGGUGAUGUAAAAAUGAAGGUGAACAGUGGGGUUGUCGAUGAGGGAAUUGUGGUUGAAGAUGGUGGAAAAGGGAAAAGGAAUAGCGGUGGCCGUGAAAUAGUGCAAGGGUUGAGGAAGCAAGAAGUUGAAGGUGGAGUGAAAGGGAAAAGAAAGCGCGGUGGUGAAAUUGCAGAAGGGUGGACAAAGGAACAAGAAUUGGCUCUUCAUACAGCUUAUUUUACUGCAAAACCUAGUCCCCAUUUCUGGAAAAACGUUUCUAAACUGGUACCUGGGAAAUCUCAACAAGAUUGCUUCAAUAGAAUUAACUGUGACUUCAAUACGCCACCUCAACAUCAGCCUCGAUCAAGGGCGAAGGCAAUAAACUCAUCACCCCUUCAUCAAUUCUCAAUAUCUGCAAGUAAACUGCUCAAACCUACUGAAAAGAAGGUUGGCAGAUCAAAAUUUCUCAAACCAAAAAGCUACAUUGGCCAGAAGACUAUCGAAAAUCUAUUGCAGCGCCAUCUUAAAGUUGAUCAAGACCGUGAAGGCGACAUAUUUUCUGUUCUUGAACCCAACAUUGAUUUUUCUACUAAUAAUAAUGCUUUUCUGCCUAGUCAAGCACUUUGUACUCCAAAGCAGCAAAAGGAAAAUCAAGGGUUGCUACAAAGCUGCACUGAAAGAUCAUCAUCAAACCAUAAGAUGUCUCUUUCUAGAUUUAGUGGCUCAAAUGUUCAAAAUCUUGUUAGUCCACCUGUGCUAAAGAAAGUAAAGAACAAGGUGCAGCAUGAAAAAUAUAUCAAUCAAUUAAGAUGUAGGGAGUUUAGGAGAAGAGCAGCAUCUGUUCAGACAAAAAUGUCCAUAGUUGGAGUAGGAAACGGCAUUCUGAAAAGGGAUGUUGUUAAGGCUGCAAAAGUUGCAUUGGUUUCUGAAGCUAAAGAUGCUAUCAAUAAGUUUCAACAAUCACAAUCCAAUUUUAUGGGCAACACUUGUAGUUCUGAUGAAGACCAUGAUGAUGACAUUGGAGUUGAAUGUGAAAGUCAAUAGGCUUUUCUCGAGCUAGUUGACUGAAACUUGUUGAAUAAUUGCAUGUAUAUAGUAGUUUCUCUGAAAGUUUUAGACAUUGUAGCUUAGUAAUCAAAAUCUGAUUUUUCCAAAAUCCCAAGUUUUGUAGCAUUUGUCUGUAGUUAAUAGAAUGAGCAAUCCGCUUUUCUCUUGUUCCAGACUUCCAUUGUAAUCUGUUAAUGACAAAUUUAUAGGUGCAAUGCAUUUAGAUGAGGCUAUAUAGAAA